UGCAUAUCAUUUUCAUGCAAGGCCAAGAGAAAGCUACCUAUCACCCUUGGACUAGAUGUCAAUUUUGCAGCCUGACAUUUCUCUGGUAUUAUUGUUAUCAUUAUUUUUUUGAUUGUUCAUGCCCAGCAGCCCAAGUAUGAGUAGACAGGCAUUACAAGGUAGAUAAACUAAUUUUCUAAUACUGGGUCAAAUAGAGAGUACAAUUUUCCCAUUUCAGCAGAAAAUUUGAAAUUAAGUCUGAAUAUGACUAGUGAAGCACUAAAAAAGAUCACAAGACGAGAGCCUGUAGCUACCAGCCAGCUGGUGGAGCUGCUAGCCUCAAACAACCCUGAGGUGAAGAUCCUUACAGCUGACUAUGUGGCACAUAUGCAUUCAACCAGUGGCUGGGAGGACCUGGGUUUGCUGGUCACAAACCUGUUAUCUCGAGACUGUCACGACGCUAACCCUGCAGUUGCGGGCAGCGCCGUGAGUGCUCUUGCCGUGCUGCAAACAGCGCAGGAGGAGGCCCUGGCUGCCAUACUCCAUUGUCUCGACAGCCCUCACGCCAAGGUACGGCAGUGUGCAGCGGCUGCAAGUUUGUCGUAUUCCAAGACUCACCCUGACGUCGUGGUGAGCUGUGGUCUGUCCGACCGUCUUUACUCAAGCCUGCGAGACCGAGACCCUGUAGUGGUCGCCCGUUGUCUGGUGGCCUUGGACCACAUACUAGCGUCUGAGGGCGGCGUGGUCAUCAACAAGUCCAUCGCUCACUACCUUCUCUUCAAAAGAUUAAAUGAUUUUUCUGACGCAACUCUUGAAACAGUGCUUAAAUUUCUAAGGAAGUACAACCCGAAAGAUGAUAAGGAACGUUUUGAGAUGCUAAAUCCUUUAGAUACUUGCUUUCAGUCUGACUACCCUCCUGUAUUGGUAGCAGCUUCUAACCUUUUCUUUCAAUGGACUUCUCCAUACCCUCAUCUCAGAGCCGAGCUAGUCAAGGUGAUCCAACCUGCUUUUUGUAAGAUUUUCCUCAAAUUAACAAGUGCUGAGACAAAUAUAAUGCUCACUAAUUUCUUUAAAUCUUUAGGGAGUUGCACUAGAGAAAUUUUUAACAAACACUACAAAGACUUUUUCAUCAAACCUAGUGACCCUAAUCACUUGAAGAAGAGCAAGUUUGAAAUCAUGUGUCUUAUCGCGUUGCCUAUCAAUGCAUCUGAAUUCAUAGAAAAUGUUUACCCCUACUGCUCUGACUUCAAUUGCUAUGCUGAUGCCAUAAGUUGCCUCGGGGGCCUCGGCCAAUUAUGCACUAGGUCUCGAGAAAAUGUGUUAGGUUUGUUAUCGGAUCUAUUGGUAAGCUCAAGUGUUGACAUUGUUGCGUCUUCUCUAGACUGUCUAUUGCGAGUAGUUUCCUGUAACAUGCUAUUUCCUGAGAGCCUUAAAAACAGAAGCACAUCGAGUGUGCUCAGUCAGCUUGCCAAUCCAGACGAGCCUGAACCUCUGGCAAACCAAACUUUUGAAAAUGUAUGGCCAAGAGAUCUAAGCUUAUCUAUAACUUUGAAAAACGCAAUAUCUCAAGCUCUUUCGCGUCCAGCAAUACUUGAAUGCCACCCCUGUUUAGUUUUAUACGUUGUAUCGACUUUAGCAACAGUUUUCGAAGACUGUUCAAUAACAUGUCUGGAGGCGUUGCAGGCGGAGCAGCAUCGACUACCUCCCACCGCGCAGUGCUUGCUACUGACGACCGUGGCGCGGGUGUUCCUGUGUAGACCUGCUCAGUGCUACCAUAUGCUCGUGCGGGUGCUGAGGUCUGGUGUGGUGAGCUCCUCUGAAGAGGUUCGGGAUAAAGCUUUUCUGCUGUACGCCAUGUUGAAACUGGGGCCCAAUGCUGCUAAUCAAUUAUUAUGUGGCACUGCACAGGAGACAUAAAAUUACAGUGCUCGAUGCUGUUAUUGGUUGUAAGGUCUCUCUAUUCAUUUUAAUUUAUAUUUCAGCUUUUAUUAUUAUCUGGAAUAUUAA